AUGCUUUCAGUCGCCUUCCUUUCCCCCGCCUUGGAUGCCUGGCGAGAGGGAGGGCGCGUGGAGGUUCUGAACCCCGAGGCUGCAGAGCGGCGAAGGCCGCCCGAGGAGCAGAGUCGUAGCUCGAGCUCCCGAAGCCACAUCCAGCCGUGCCCAGGACUCUUAGCUUCUGACCCCUCCCAGCUGAGUGAAGAUGACCUCCCCAGUGACUUACAGUCCUUGUCGUGGCUGACAUCUGUUGAUGUUCCUCGGUUACAACAGAUGGCCAGUGGAAGAAUGGAUUUUAGCCUUGCUGCCCAGAACGCCAUGCUACAACAGACAGGUCCUGUGGCAGGCAACAUGCACUCGACAGGCGCACCUGGAGCAAUGAUUCAUGUCCAGGCCAGCCUGCCACAGGGAAUCCUGGGGCUGAAUUCUAUUUCAACACACGGAGCAAAUAUGAGCCAGUACGCUGUAGGUGGGCAGCCAUCUCCCAGUUUACAAACACAGCAACAACUCUUUCCUCCUCCUCAUUCGCAGCAAGUGUUUGCCCUGGCGCAGAACACACCACAGUGUAACCCAGCAGCAAUCUACAACACGCCCUACGGGACUCAGCCACACUACGCUCAGCCACGCUUGGCUCCUCACUCUGCCCAGGAACUGCAGCCAAAGCACUAUCCCAAGCCCAUCUAUUCGUAUAGCUGUCUGAUUGCAAUGGCACUGAAGAACAGCAAAACAGGCAGCCUGCCAGUGAGCGAGAUCUACAGCUUCAUGAAGGAGCACUUUCCCUACUUCAAGACAGCCCCCGAUGGCUGGAAGAACUCUGUGCGCCACAACCUGUCUCUGAAUAAGUGUUUUGAGAAGGUGGAGAACAAGAUGAGCGGCACCUCGCGCAAAGGGUGCCUGUGGGCUCUCAACCCUGCCAAGAUCGACAAGAUGGAAGAGGAGAUGCAGAAGUGGAAGCGGAAGGAUUUAGCUGCUAUUCACAGGAGCAUGGCCAACCCGGAGGAGCUAGACAAGCUGAUCACCGACAGACCCGAGCACUGCAGGCGGCCCAGCAAACAGGCAGAGCCGGAGGUCUCGGCCCUGAACCACCUGGCAGCGGCCCAGGGCCGGCUGCCCGUGUCCCAGCUGCAGCCCCAGCCCGUGAUGACGCUCUCGCUGCAGUCCAUCCCCCUGCACCACCAGAUCCAGGCCCAGGCUCGCAUCGCCCCUGACUCGCCGGCGCCCGCGCAGACGCCUCCUCUCCACACCCUGCCUGACGUGAGCCGCAGCCCCCUGCCCCACCACCCCCUGGGACGGGCACCUCCCGACUUCCUGAACGUGACGGCAGACAUGAGCACCGAGGUGGACGCUCUCGACCCAAGCAUUAUGGAUUUUGCGUUGCAAGGUAACAUAUGGGAGGAAAUGAAAGACGACAGCUUCAGCCUCGACACGCUGGGUGCCUUCAGCAACUCACCGCUCCACCUCUCGGACUGUGACCUGGGCCCCCCCGGCCUCACCCCGGUGUCCAGCGGCAGCGACCGCUCCUUCGCAGACGUGCAGGUCACCGGCCUUUACACCACUUACACCACGCUGGACAACGUGGCGGCCGCCCAGUACAUGAACCCCCAGGGCAACAAACCCAUCGCUCUGCUCUGAGUCCUGCACCGCUCCACGGAGCUCUGACGCAGGGGACUGUUUCUCCCAGCUGUUAAAAUCCGACCUGAAAGCAAUAAAAAGAAAGAAAAAAAAAAAAGCUCCUCCUGCAGACGUGUGGAACGUGGGGGCUGUUUACCAGGAUAGAGCGUGUGAUGCCAAAAUAAAUCAAACUGCUACUAGUCGAACCGCUUUCACCCAGGGCAAGACUGGGGAAGGGGCACGGACACUUGUGCUGCAGCACUGGUGAGCUCUCAGGAAGGAGCCGGAAGGCAUCAGUCUGCAGGAACUGUCACUAGAAUGUAACCGAGCUAAAAAAUACUCCGAUUAAAGGUAAAUACAUUUCAUCGACACUGUGAUCUGGACUAUAUGUGGAAGCUGUUUGGCCACCACCUCCUGAGAAGCCAACGGGCCGGUCAGCACCGAGUCGGAGUCCAAAACGGUUGAUCCUGUACCGCGUAGAUCUUUUUUCCUUAAAUUGCCAAAUAACUGUCGCCAUGGAACAAAGACCCCACGCGGUUUCUGGAGGCUCCUGCACCACUAACACCUUUCUGACGUAACUAUUGCUAAUUUAUUGUUAUGAGGUAGGAAAAAAAGGAGAAAAAAAAUAGUAAAAAAAAUGAGAAGUCAGACCCAUAGCAGACAACUGUUACAUCUAGGUUUAAAAACAAAGUCCUCACCCCAAGAAGGAGGCGGUACUCCUGAAUUGUUAAACUGAUCACUGGCUAGAAGAUUUUAGGAAUUACGCCUAUUUUUAGGAUUUUUUUAUAAAAAGAUUAGAUUUGUUUAUAGUCUUGUGUAUUGUGCUUCUGUCUAUUC